AUGUCCAUCAACAUCUCCUACCAGGAGACCCAUCUGGAUCUCCCCCAUAUGCCCUGUGAAGAAUACGAUGAUCAAUUACAACCCAGCCGGAGCACCACCUCGUCGGUAGCCCCCUCAAUUGCUACCAGCACCCGGUCUCGAGCUUCCACCCUCACAUCGUCAUCCAACAACUCCACUUCCACAACCGCAACUACCAUCGACCCUUCGUUACCAUCGUUCGAGGAAGCUGUCAACGAGCAGUUGGCACUCACCAUUGACUUUACCCCAACUGUUACCGUCAAGUACACCAAGAGUACCCGAGUCAAGAAGAUGACAACCACUCUGACCCGUCAUGUGAUCGAGCCUGGCCUGACCCAGACCGACGAGGUUGUGGCUCAAUGGGAUCUUCUCUCUGGCCGAACCGAGCCCACCGAGGGAACCAUCUCCGACCUUGCCACUCCCAUCACUAUCGAACCCUCCACGCAUCACUACGCCCUCAAGUGCACUCUGCCUGCUAGAUUACCCGAAACCGCAUCCCACAAGUCCAGCAGACUGUGGUAUACUCUGGAUACCCAGGUUUCUCGAACCAAGUCUUUCUUCUCCACGGCUGGUCCCUUGGACUACUCCGAGGAAAUUAUGAUGGCUCGAAACACCCAGACUGACGCCCAGACCAUUCUUCCCGUCUCCGCCUCUGUUCCCUGGCUCAACAAGCUGAAGUAUUCGGUCUCCUACCCCCAGAGACACAUUUCUCUGCAGGAGGGAAUGGAGAUCCCCAUCAAGCUCACCACCACUCUGUUUGAGAAGCCCAUUCGACUAAACUCCGUCAAAUUUGCUGUUUCUCAGACCUGUAACUCCAAUGCCAAGGAUAAGCAGCAGACCGAUCUUUUGAACGACUACUCCAGCCGACAUAUGACUUCUGACCUUGCAGAACUCGACGAGAUGGAGCUCAACAACGCUCGAGAACAAGGCUUUGAUGUCGAGACCACCUUCCUGGAUUCCACUCACAAGGGCAACCUGCUUAUUCCCGGAUCCGAGGAGACCGAGCUCGAGUACACUCUCAAGCUGGAUGCCAGAGCCAUUCAGAAGCUAUCUGCAUCUACCUCUUACACUCAUCCUCUGCAUGUGGUGCACAAGCUGUUCACUUCUCUGCGAUUCUCAUACCUGGCUCCCACUGACAAGCCUAACCAUAAGAAGCGACGAUACUUUGACGUCUCUAUUUCCACCCCUCUGGUGCUGUCCCGGGCCAAGGACGACUACUUCGCCGCUCAGCUGAGUGCCGCUUCCAGCCGAGCCUCGUUUGACUACGAUGACUUCCUGCUGUGCGAGUACCCUCGGCUCAAGAACACGGUGUUUGAGAACGACUUUGCCAACGACUCUGCUCCUUCUUACGACUCUUUCAUGGCUCAGGCUGCCGCCGCCGCUGCUGCUGCUGUUCCCGCUCGAACCUCUCUUGACGACGAGGCUCCCGAGUGGUCUUCUCCUAACGACGAUUCCGACUCUGACUCCGAUUCCGACUUUGAGAGCGAUUCUGCUCCUGUGGCUCCCAUUGCCAUUCCCCAGCGAAUAACCCAGGCCAAGCAGCAGCCCUUCACGGCUUCUCUGCCCAGCUAUUCCUUUGCUCAGAACUACUAA